AUUUGAUUUAUUACUAAAAGAAUUAAUAAAAGAAUAAAUUCAAUUAAAAACCAAUAAAUCUAUAUUUACCGUCCAAUCCGAGAAAAACUCCCCAACGGCUACAUUUUUUUUUUGAAAAACACCCUUCAUUUGUAACCCUUCAGAAUUUGUGUUUUUGUAAACGAAGCACAAACCCUAGUUAGAGUUGCAGAAUCAAAUCCAUAAAUGGCAAACUUUGAGCAACAAAAACCCCAACAUCACCGAGACCUUGAAGAGGAGGAGGAAGAAGAUUACAGUGAAGGUGGAGGGUCCGAUGCAGAGUAUGAUUCGGAUAUGGAUCCAAGUUAUAGCGUUCUUGAGGAGAGCACUCGAUGCAAACUCGCUAAACUCUCUAUCAAGAAGAAAUCAAACUUUCGCAAUGGCAAAAAUUUGGACAUGGAUGUCGAUGUCGAGGUAGGCCCAGAAGAGGCGGAGAUGAAUGUGGGAGAAAUUGAUGAGAAAAGUUUUGAACAAGUUCAAGAGAUCAUAGGUGUUGGGAAGCUAGAGAAGCUGAAGGUGGAGCAGUGUAAAGUAUAUUUGAGGAAGAAUGGAUUGAGAUUGACUGGCAAAAAGGACAUACUUAUUCAGCGCAUAAGGGAGCAUCAAGAGAUUUUGAAUGAAGGAGGUGAAAAAAAGUAUCCCGCAUCUAGCUUUGUUUUGGAUUGUAAAGGUGAUGCAUGUAUGGGCGAUGUUGUCAUGUUUGAGCAGAAUGUUUAUGAACUGUACAAUAUAGCAUCACGUAGUGCCAGUGGUCCUCCUUGUGGCACAAGGAUAGUUGCUGGUCGAAUAGUGAAGGAAAGCUAUGGUGCUGCAAAGCAACAGCAUACCUUUACGAUAGAGGUCCUUUGGAGCAAAGGAGAGAAGCCGCUCCCUCCACUUCAUCCUCUCCUAAUAAAGGGUCGCAAUUUAUACAAACUGAAGACUUUGAGACAGAGAUGGGAAAACGAAGAGGAGAGACGUAAAAUUUUGAUUGAAAAGCACUCUAGGGGCUCUCUGGCUAGGCAUGCUAGAGAAACCCGUAUCCAGGAAAAGGAAAGAAGGAAAGUUCUCAGGGAAAAUAGGACUUUGACAAAGGAGGACAGAAACAGGAGGCAGUCUCAAAUAAGUUCAACCUUAAAAGCAAAUCAGGAAAUUCGGGGUCGACAAUCAGGUUCAUCUAUUAACUUACAAAAAGCUGCUCCUGAACCUCAAGUGUCAGGUUUAUCUGUUGAUUCUAGGAAGAUGACAAUUCAAUCGCACGGCACAAUGGAAAGUAGGCCUUUGCAGCCUGUAGUUCAACCUCAGAAAUCAAGAUCAUCCAUUGAUAUGUUAAAGAUGGUUGGCAGGCCUCACUGGCUAGGAAUCCAACAUCAACGGUCAGAUACAUUGGCUGAUUCUUUUAAACAAUCAAAUCAACCUCCUCAAUGGUCAGGUUUUUCUGUUGAAACUGAGAAACAGCCAUUUCAACCCAAACUGCAAACAUACCGAAGGGAGAAUGGUAAUUCCCACGGAGUUCCUCACAACUUGGUUGAUCAUAUCGGCACUCGAGAAGUUGCACAACACAACAUUGAAAAAGUUGGUUCAUGGUUCUCUAACUUCUAUAUGAAUGAUGAUCAUCAUAUUUUCAGCAAGCAACCCAACAAAAUUGGGAUAAACAGGUUAUCAGAGACGCACCAUCAAAGGCAGCCAUUGACGAGCACGCACCAUCACCGAGCAAUGUACCUCGUGAAUAAGCAUGGCUACCAACAAGAGCAGCUAUGCAAAUUUUAUGCUCAAGGAAGAUGCUAUUAUGGAGAAAACUGCAAAUUUUUGCAUGACCCAAGAUAGAUUUGUGGCCAAAGGAAGCUUUACACCAUUGAGGGACUGAACAUUUUGUUUCAGUUUUUGAUGGUAUUGAGUGUCUUGGGCUAGAUAUUUUUUUGGAAUUCUUAAUUGGUGUAUGAAAUGAGAAAAUUGUUGCAUUGAGCUAUGGGUAAUACUUGCAUUACAGUUGCAGAACUUCUGCCUGAUCGCAUGUUUACUCUUGUUGUGAGGGCUUUGAAGCAUAUUACAUUUCUUUCUUUUGUUUGUUUCUUUGU